AACGAUUCCUCCUUCAGCUGAGAAACACGCACGCCCAUGUUUACCAGAUUCGAGGUUCUACUGGCUAAUGAUUUUCUUGCAUUCUAAGUUCAAAGCGUAUUCCCAUGCAUAUAAAUUCUCCGAAGGAUUGGCUACUCUUAUCAUUUUCUUCUCUCGUUCGAAGCAAUUCCUCUCAUCCUCAUCAGUCACUCACUCUUUCACUACCCUGCCUGAAACACUCGAGAGUAUCGGCGCUCGCUCACCACCGAUUCGAACAAAAUCUCUUCGCUCAUCCAAAUCUGAGUGUUCGCUUCCCAGAGCAUCUUUCAAUCUCGAGCACUCAUCUCACGAACAGGUUUCUGAAGGCAAAUUUGCCUACCUUGUCCGUCUCUCGACUCGAAUCUUUUAUUGGAUUAUCGACAGGUUCUCAGAAUGGCCAGUUAUAAUGAUGUCUUUGGCGAUGACGAUUCUCCCUCUUGGCUCACUGCCACCAAAGAAUGUGACUCAGACGAUCAAAUCUUUGAUCACCAUUCGGCUGUCAUAUUCUUGGAAACAGCGGUGGUGCAUCGGACAUGGGAAUCGCCUCUCAAUGUAAGAAGUUGGGCCUCUGGUUCUCGAUGCAAUGCGGCGUCUGGAAUUAAGAGUGGCUGAAUGGUCUCCGCAGUCUCCACAAAUUUUAUCCUCAAAUUGACGGCGGCGUGUUUCGUGUGCCACCGCGAGCUCGGACGCUCCGCAGCAACACAUCCAGAUUCUGGAUUACCCAAGCAGAUCCCAGACAUUGGCAGAGAUCAGAGCUGGACAGAGACUUGAGCAAGGUUUAGAAUCAUCCGGCCUAAGGAUCAGUGUAGACUUACAGAAGCCUCGGAGAGCUCUCUCAAGCUGUUCGAUCGCAUACUUCGAGGCGAAUGCAAGCAAGAUCUCCAUAGAAUCAGAACUUGCAGAAUUCCGUGGCGAAGAUGGAGAAAUUUCUGAAUUACUUCAAAUGGACGACAUAUACCCUCCGAAAGCAGGAUCAGAGUUUCUACCGGGGACGUCAAUGUGCGUGCACUUAGGCCGAGAAUUCCGUGGCGAUCAUGCAGGAGCAAGAAUGCAGCUUGUUGAUCACGCCAGGAGCCAGAGGUCGGAGAAAUUUGUCUGAGCGUCGUGUCCGAUUCAUGGCGAAUGGCGAAGAAUUGGCGACAACGCUCUGUUCUCCUCAAGAGCAUAGCCUUAAUCGAAAUGCAGAGGAUUGUUCAACGUAAAUCAAAUCCUGAGUAGAAAGAAGUAGACCCUACGCAUCACAAGGUUUCCGAAAAUUCAGCAUAGUGCUGAUGCUUUUUGUGUCUAUGUUAGUGUUAGACGAGGAAAGCCAUGAAAAUCUCUGGCGUCCUCUUCACCCGCUAUAAAUCAGAAUCCAUUGUUUACAUCAAUCUGAAAUCUCCCUCUCUCUAUCUAUACUAUCUUCGCUUGUCGAAUUACUGGUCUUUCUUUCCGUGCAUGGUUCUUAUGUUUGCCAUGUUCAGCAAAAA